AGCUGGCCGCCUGGCAGCUGCCGCCCGAGCCCGACCUAGCAGACGACUUCUCCGAUGACGAGGAAGCCACUGCGCCCUCAUUUUGGAGUCACGUGGGCGUGGGCCGUUGGCUCCGGGAGAAUAUUACCCGAGCGCCAGGUACCUAACUGUAAAGUCAUACUAUCGGAGGGAGGUGUAAGUCUGUCUGGUUGAAUUUCCUUGCUUGUUCAUCACCCUAGAUAACUGUUUCUUUUUUAAGUUCUUUAUAAAGUAUAGUGUUUAUAUUUAAUAAGUAGUAUUUUAAUCAGUCUAUUACUGAUGUGCAUAAAUACGCAAUCAUUUAAAUAACUUCAUUGUCGUUGACGGGUAUAAUAACAAUGAUCCAUCAAAGAAAACACAAACGACGUAGCUCCAAACAUCUAGUCACGUUAUCAAGCGCAAAUGUUUGUCACUCAUCCUAAGUAAACACAAAGCAAUCUAUUUAAAAUUGCAUCCACCUCUAAGUGCGUGUACAGUAAGAUGAGAGCUGUUCCCGCGACAGGGUCCCGCAUGAGCCGCGCCGCCGAGGCGGAGCUGCUGCAGCGCGCGCUCGACUCGCGCGUCACGGGCGCGCGUCUGCUCACCGACGACAUUGACGACUUGCUGCUUCAUUUUGGAUAUGGGCCGGAGUUGAAUGAGGAGGAAGUGGCAGAGAGCAAGAGUGUCGCGGAGCGCGAGGAGGUGCGCGCGCAGCUCCGCGACGAGCUGCAGUGGCUGCGCCGGCCGCCGCCCGCGCCGCCGCUGGUCAGCCGCUCUCACCACACUCAAAUCUCACUCUCAUUCUAUAUUUCGUUGACAUACAAUGUGUCUAAACAGGCCUACAUCUUAUUUUGAAUAUCAUUUUUGUAGACAGAAAAUACAAAUUUUAUUCGGGAACAAUAGAUUCACCUACAGAAAAAAACAAAAUUGUGUUUGAUAGGAUAACAAAUAUCAUAAUCUAUAUUUAGGCAUGUUUGUAGGAUGCUAUGAAGUUGUCCUAUAGACAGUACUGGUAAGUUGUCAUGCACG